AUGUCAGCUUACCUAUCGGCAGCUCACCAACUACUGAAAAAAUUUCAGGCCUACGAAAUAUGGCAGAUCCCCAGGUCAGAAAACAGCCACACCGAUGCACUCUCGCGUCUGGCUUCGGCAAUAAAUGACAAGAUCGAAAGGAAGGUACCGGUGGAGAUAUUAUCCCAACCAAGCAUGACAGCUGUUGAGGUGUGUACCGUUCGGUACGAGGGUACAUGGAUGUCUCCAAUCUAUGCUUUCCUGGCAAACGGAACCCUUCCUACCGAUAAGUCCCAGGCCAGGAAACUCCGUUAUCGAUCGGCAAGAUACACGGUCAUCAACGAUGUUCUGUACAAACGAGGCUAUACGACGCCGUAUCUAAAGUGCCUAACCAAGGAACUGGGGGACUACAUCCUUCGGGAGGUCCACAGCGGAGUCUGCAGUGAUCAUUCGGGAUCCCGAUCACUCGCACAUAAGGUCUUCCGACAGGGAUAUUUCUGGCCAACUCUGCACCAAGAUGCUAACAUAUUAGUCAAGAAGUUUGACAAAUGCCAACGAUUCGGCAGCGUCCCUCAUGUCCAUGCCGAGCCACUUUCACUGAUUGCAAUUCGAUUCGGAAGUCUUCAGGGAGUUCUGCGUCCGACUGAAGAUCAACCUGUUCUUUGCUUCGCCAGCUCACCCCAAUCGAACGGCCAGGUCGAGGCAAUGAAUAAGAUUGUUAAGAAGCUAUUGAAAUGGCAGCUCGAUAAAGCCAAGGGAGCCUGGCCGGAAAAACUCCCAGAGGCGUUAUGGGCCAUCCGGACAUCCUACCGAAUGGCAACUAGUGAAACACCGUUCUCCAUGGCUUUCGGCUCGGAAGCGGUAGUCCCAGUGGAAAUCGGAGAGCCUUCCUACUGA